AAAUGAUUGUUUCCCAAACUUCGUACUUACUCGCUUGUAACUUAAUUUGUUUUUGCGAAGUUUUGAAUUUCAAAAAGAAUUUGACUUAACAAGAAUUUUAUAAACAUGGGUUCUUUACAAUGGAAAUUAGAGCAACGUUUCUGUCCGUCAAUUGACUCUACAUUAAUCGCUGCCAUCGUCGGGGAUUAUCCGGAUUUUGAAAGUUGUUUUGAGAUUCUCAGUUCAUUGGAAAAAGAAGCAGAUGCUGAAAGAGAUUUCGAAAAUGAAAUAAGCUCUGGAAACAGUAGUAGUAAUCUCAGAAACUCUAGUUCUGGUGAACCUGGUGAUGGGUCAACCACUAGUAUUGAAUAUUCGACAUACAGUCCUUCCGUAGAAGACGAAUUAGAUUAUUAUUCAAGUGCAUACACUACUGACUACGAAGAUUAUGAAUACCCUAAAGGAAAUACGGAAUUUUUGAAAAACAUGUUUCCUAUGAUUCCUGAAUCUAGAGUGAAUAAUUUAUUAAGAGAAAAAGAUAAUAAUGUAGAAAUGGUUGUGGAUGUUAUUCUUAAUGAAAUGUAUUUACAGACAGAACAAGACGACGACUUUUCAUAUUCGCGUUCAACUUCGACGCUCAUUUCUAAUAGUGAUGCGGAUAAUUCCUUACUAACAGAUGUCCGGAAUAAGUAUCGUAAAAAAAAGCGACGAAAAUCGCAACGAAAACAAAAUAUCAUAUUCCAAAAUAAUGGACACCGACCUAAUUCCAAUAAUUCAUCAUCAUCAUCAUCAUCAUCAUCAUCAUCAUCAACUUCAUCAUAUUGGACAUCCUCGAGAAAUCCUGAAAGUCAAAAUGAAUUGAUUGAUGAUAAUAAAUUGUGUCAACUAAUGGAGAUAUUUCCUAACCACAAUUUUGAAAGCAUCAAGCAAACGCUUGUUAAUUGUAAUGGAGAAGUUCAAAAUGCGACAGAAAUUUUAUCGUCAGGAGAUUUGAACGAUAGCAAGAAACAAAUUAAAGUUAUUAAACUAAUAUCUCAUACAAGCGAACAUCAAGAUACUCAUCUUCAAAAUAAGGAAAGACGUGGUAGUAUCACUAAUGAUUCUAAUAGUUAUGAAAUGCCAAUAAAUAAGAUCUAUGAUGAUGACGAAAUAGAAGAUUAUGAGGAUGAUCAUGAUCCUGAUCAUUGUCAAGAAGAGGCCUUUAAAUGCUUUAAAAAGCGAGAUGAAUCUUUUAAAAAAGCAGCGCAAUCCUAUCGAAGAGGGCAAGGUAGCGUUGCAUCUUACCAUUCAGAAGAGGGAUGGAGAUUUGAUGCAGAAAUGAAAAAAUGGAAAUUACGGGCUGCUAGAUCAUUAGUUAAGAAACAUAGUGAGAAAACACAAUACGAGUAUGUUCUUGAUCUCCAUGGUUGUUUUGUAACUGAAGCAAUUAUUAUAGUUAAAGAAUGGUUGAAUGAUUGGUAUCCAAAAAGAACGAGAUCCGCCUCACAAAUGAAGCCGUCGCAAAUGAAACCGUUGAAAAUAAUUACAGGAAAGGGUAAUCAUUCACCCAACGGAGUGGCAAAAUUACCUAACGCUAUUAAUAAAUUUUUGAUCGGUGAUAAUUGGAAUAUUACAAAACAUACGGGACAUGUGUUAGUUCAUGGAUUAAAAAAAUAAUCCGUGUAAGAUUCAUUAUGAAUUGGCGAUCCUUCCGUCCAUUUUUUUUUUAUUCGUUUAAUUUGUAAUUUAGAAUUUUAUGA